GUUGAUAAUCCGUGAUCUUGACUUACACUCUACAUUUUAUAUUACUAAAUAUUACAUAUAUUUACACUCUCCACAAUGGCAGGCUACGGCAACCGCACAGCCCCAGACUACACCGCCGACGCGCUCGCGGACGAACACUCAUCCACGCGCCUCGGCCUCACAGACUCACACAGCCCCCCAACCUACGGCGCAGGCUUCGGCAACAAACGCGCCUCGCAGCCCACAACCCACACAGCCACAGACACAGACGCAGACACCACCGCCGCCGCCUCCGCCGCCGCCGACACACCGCGCUUCAACACCCAGGACGCGCACGGCUCCGCGCCGUACAGCAACGCGCACACGUACGGCAGCGCGAGCACGGCGGGCGCGGGGUGGGGCAACAAGACGGGAAGUUUUAGUGAGGAGGGGAGGGGGGAGGGGGGGCAUGAUUCCGCGCUCGGCAAGGCGAUGCAGAAGAUCGGGGGUGCGCUGCAUGCGCCCGGGCUGGCGCGCAAGGGCGAGGCGAAGAGGGAGGCUGCGGAUGCGCAUGGGGAGGUGCCGACUGCGAAUUAG